AUAUAAGAACCUAAUUAAAAACUAAGAAAGAAAAAACAGAGCAAAAAUUUGGUGUAGUGGUCCUAUAAUGUUGUUGAAUAGUUACUAGUCAAAGUUUAAUAAAUAUAUACAUCCAACAACCAUAAAUGAGUCAUAAAUGCUCAUCCAACAAUAUGUAACCACCCAUCCACAUUACUCCCUAUAAAAGCUUGUAAUGUGAGGAGUAAAUAUGUAUGUAUUGGAUCAAAAUAAUCGUAUGGCUGCACAUGAAGGAGGAACAAGGUUGUAUAAGUGUUUUCAUUGUGGAGAACAAGGUCAUUGGGCGAAGGCAUGCACCUAUAAACACAUACCUUGUACAGAGGGCUGCCCAAACAACAUGGAGUUGUACACAUCUCAACAAUCAAGAAGUUAUGGAUGCAGAUUCCUAAGAUGCAAAGGUCAGCCCCAAUGUCAAGCAUUCAAAUGGGUUGAUUCACCAAAACAUAAAGAAGUAGCAACAUAUGUACCAAACAAGGAAACAUCAUCCACAAGUGAAGCAACAACAAGCAUUCCUAUGCAAAGCCAUAGUGUUAAAGUGACUGUAGAACAGGAUGGGGGGAAAGUAACAUACGAAGGCCAAGUAUGUGAUGUAAUUCAGCUUAUGAGUAAAAAACUCAUUAUAUAAUAAUGUAGUGUUGUUCUACAUACCUUUCAUAUUACAUUGAGCAAAAAACUGCAAGUGCAAUGUGUUAAUACUUUGUUGUUAUCUAAUUCUAGCAUAUAUAGUUAGC